UUUUUCAACUAGUUGUGGAAGACGGAAUACUUUUGCAUCAUAUGACCCACAAAACAGGGCUUGAUCUUACUGAGAAGCAAACUGAAUUUUUUCUUUUUUGAGUCAUGGAUAAGGAAGCGAGUGAAUCUUUCCGAGCUCAAGCUCAUUUAUAUAAACAUAUAUUCAACUACAUAGAUUCAAUGUCACUCAAGUGUGCUGUUCAGCUUGGAAUACCAGAUAUAAUCCACAACCAUGGCAGACCUAUCACUCUUUCCGAAUUGGUCUCGGCUCUUCACAUUGAUCCAGCCAAAGAUAGUUGCAUUUACCGGCUCAUGCGCUUGCUGGUGCACUCUGGCUUCUUUGCCACAACAAAAGUUGAUGCAGAUCAAGAAGAGGAAGCAUAUGUUCUCACACCUUUUUCCAAGAUACUUCUCAAAGACAAGAUCAAUUGCUUAUCACCCUUCGUUGUGGCAGUGCUUGGUCCUGCUAUGAUGACUCCAUGGCAAUUCUUAGGAGACUGGAUACAAGGAACCAAGCAGAGGCCAUUUGAGAGUGCCAAUGGGAAAGCAUUUUGGGACUAUAUGGACCAGGACCCAGAAUUCAAGAACCAUUUCCAUGAUGCAAUGGAAAGUGACUCUCAAAUGAUGAAUUUGGUCGUUAAGGACUGCAAGCCAGCUUUUGAGGGCCUGAGUUCAUUGAUUGAUGCAGGCGGUGGAACCGGAACAGUAGCUAGGGUUAUAUCGGAAGCAUAUCCCCAGUUGAAAUGCACAGUGUUUGACCUCCCUCACGUUGUGGCUGACUUGCCAGCUAGCGGGAACUUGAAUUUCAUUAGUGGUGAUCUGCUUCAGUAUAUCCCUCCUGCAGAUGCCAUUCUAUUGAAGCUUGUUUUGCAUGCUUUCGGAGACGAGGAUUGCAUAAAGAUACUGAAGAGAUGCAGAGAAGCCAUCCCAACACAGGGUGCAAAGGGAAAGGUGAUAAUCAUAGACAUUGUGAUAAAUGUGAAGGAAGAUGAACACGAAUUAACUGAAGCAAAGCUGUUCUUCGACAUGUUGAUGAUGGUUAUGGUGACCGGAAGAGAGAGAACUGAACAAGAUUGGCAGAAAUUAUUCAUGGCAGCUGGUUUCACUGACUACAAAAUAAGUCCCUUAUUCGGUUUGAGGUCCCUCAUUGAGGUCUAUCCUUAGUAGCAGAAAGAUCAAAUAAGACAUUUAUCAUCUUACGCUUUAAAAUAACUGCAGAAUAUAUCAUGUGUUAAAGCUUGAUACAAUAUGGCUCUUGAACAAACCAUGUGUUUUGACUUUAAACUAAAGAUUGUUAACUGCUGAUAUCAUAAAAUCUAAAUUUAAGUUUUGGCAAUAAAUAAACUGAGUUUGAGACCCAAGAACUGGUUCAAAGGCU